AUGUGCAAGGUCGGGUCACUCUACGCCUCGGCAGCUACUCUUCCCACCGCCAGCCUGGGUGUGGUCGGAAGUCCUCUGCAGGUACAUGUUGCAAUGCCUAUGCCCAUGCCAGCGACGGGCAUGGCGCCGUGCAUGGCGACGGGCAUGGCGACGGGCAUGGCGCCGGGCAUGGCACCGGGCAUGGCGCCGGGCAUGGCGCCGGGCAUGGCGCCGGGCGCAUCUGCAUCGCCGCAGAUGGCUCGCACGGUGCAAGUUGGUGCUCAGCAAGCUCAGCCGGCGCGGCUCUCCUACACAGGGCAACGCGUCAACGUCACACGGGUGCAAGCGCUGGGUCGAGCCAUGAGCACCAGCGCGCUGCACGCUCAGGUCAUGGCUCGAAACCAUUUCCCUGGCGCAGCUGGGGCAUGGGCCUUAAUGGUGUUGCGAAAUCCACCGUUCCACGGUGUUGCGCAGAUUCGAACGAUUCCAGGCUCCAAUGCCCGUGCCCGCGUGCGCAUGGAAGUGAAAUAUCGUCUUCUCUCACACAUGGUGCUGCCGAAAAUGGGGUGCAAGCGCGCGUCGCCCGCGCACGCUGACACCUGGUGCCUCGCGUGUUCAGCGUGGGAAGCGCUGGGCACGGAGCUGGGCUUUGCCUGGCACCACCCGGGCCUGAGGGUGGUCGCCUCCGACGUCCUCGUGAGCGCCGCACGCACAGUGCGAGCGCUCCGAGUGACUCGGGGUGCGGCUCCCUCGGCUGGGCACGCCCGAGCGCUUCCUAGCGAAGCCUCGGCUCCCGCGGCCGAACGGCCGCCGUUGGCACGACGCCAGCUCAAGAAGGAGGAGCUGGAAAGCGAGACUGGAGCUCGCGGCAGCGGGGUCCAGGGACCUGUCGAAGAGGAAAGCGGCGAGGUCGAGUCAGAGGAGGAGGAGUCGGAGGCUUCAGAGGCCACCAUUGUCCCCCCGGGGACGCCUGAGCAGGGCUUGGCUUCUAAGGCCAGCGCUCCAAGGCCGGCUGAAAAGAAGGACCGCUCUCCGGAGGCUGGUGCAAGCACCGUGCCUGUGGAUCGAAGGAGCAUCAUCGACGACGACAUCAUCGAGGAGAAGAAAAAGGAGAGAAGAAGAGGCCAUUCCUGGCCUGCCCCCAACUCCAAAGAAGCGAUGACGGCCCCGGCUUUUCCGGAGGCUGCAGGCGCAGAGCUAGGAGAAUACGAAGUGGGCAACUUCGACCGAUGGAACCUUUUUGCACCUCGUCGAGGACAAGUUAUCACUACAGAACUGCCCGGCGAGGUUUAUGGACAAGAAGGCAUCGAAGCAGCUUUCGUGGUCUUGUCACGAGAGCUGGCUGCAGAUGGGAGCUUGACGCUUCACGUACGAGCCUUGGGAAGCACCAACCCCGAGGCAAUGAGUUGGUUGUCGUCCACGUUCAACCGACGGGCUGGCAGCAUUCACAUUUGCUUGAAUGCUGGUCCGUGCCUGGUAGAAGGUUCGGCGUUUCACGUCCACAAGUUGGAGCUCUGGGAUGGAAGCACUUUCCCAGAGCAUCGUAUGAGCCCCUCAGGAAGGCGAAUUUUGAAGAAAAUCCUGGAGGGACAAGACGAUGGCAUGGACGAGCCCGAGAUGGUAGACGUGGGGCCUCCAGAGGAAAGGAAGUCGGCCCUCAAGCCCCCAAAGGGAACUACCAAGCGUGCUACAGGCCCCAAGGCCACUCGUGGCAAAGGUUUGGGCGAUGGAGCCAAGGCCAGGCGGUCAGCCGGGCCUCACGUCGAGGCUGGUGGUGGCGCGCCGGCCGAGACCGCUGGCAUGGAUGCCUUGCGGGGAAGGUUGGAAAAGAUCAAGCGCAAGCAACAGGAGGCAGCGAUUGGUGGACUUGGAGGCACAGAUGGAGGCCGCUUGGACGACGAGGAGGAUGGCGAUGCCGAACCUGUACAGGAGAGGCUGAGGACUUCAACGAAGCUUGGAUUGACGCAUGCCAGGGCUGGCCCGAGCCGGGCCCUGGUGAGCAUGGCCCCGGGGGGGGGGGCCAAAAGAUGGUAUUUCGAGACCCUCGAGCGAGAAGCUGAGCAAGAAAGGCGAAAGCGCAAAAGAAAGAAGAAGAAGAAGGACGACAAGGACGGGGGAGGAGAUCCUGGCGGGUCAGACGAUUCGACUGGAGACGAUUCCUCCUAUUCAAGCGACAGGGAAAAGGACUCGUCAGGAGACGAGACGAAGCUCUUGCCCCCACUCAAAAUGAAAAGCGAUCGCGAAGAGGGAUCAGUGCUUGCGCUACUGGUCGAACAGGUGGAAGAACGCCUGAACGAGUUGGGCACAGGGGGAGAAAGUUCUGUCCCCCUGCUUCACGGGACAAAGUUGGUGACCUACUGGCACAACCUGAUCCAAAGCAACACGGUGAACCAACAGUCCCGAGACGGGCGAGAGUUGUACUUGUUGGCAAAUUGCAUCGACCUUCUUCGAGUGGGGCGGCUCGCCCGACUGGGGGACGCCCUCGCGGCCAGAUGGCUGGCCCUCGAGCAGGCGAGCCUGGACCAAGGCUGGUCAGCGGCAAGGCACUUGGAACUGUAUUCACCAGAGCACCAGACCGCCGCCGGGUCAGCAGUAACGCUGGCGGCCAGGAAGUUUGGGCGUUUGAUGGAGAAGGUCACGGCCGCGGACGACAAGAAGGGCAAGGGCAGCAAUCGACCAAGAGGCAAAGGAGAUCAGGGCUGGCAGAGAGCCGAGAGCAUGGAAGAACCAGCAAUGGGGCUGGCAGAAACAGGGGAACAAGGAGCAGGACCAGACCGACGAGAAAGGGAAGGCCAAGGAGGCCUGAGCUUCGAUCAUCCACCUGAUUUGAAGUGGUGGGACGCCCUGAUCACUUCCGCUGGCUCCGUAGCCGAGUUGGGAGUGGGGCUGCAUUUCUUCGUCUUCAAUGACACCGCAGCCGCUCGAGAAGAGCUGCUGAACCGACUUCGCGCCUUGUUGGCGCCUGAAAAAGAGUGCCAGCAAUCACGGGGAGUUCUCCCCAAACGCAAACUUUUUCCGCUUCCGUCGAUUUGGUCCGAUGCGGUUCGAGUGUUGUCGGAAUUUGAUUCUUUUGAUAAAAUCCGUUGUUCAAGUGAGUUGAUCUCUUCUUGUGCUUUGCCCUGCUGGUGUGAGCUGAUUUUGUUAUUUAACAACAACAUGGCCCUGGGUAGACCAGGGCGCGGUCUGGGGAAGCCCACGGCCGCUCAAAGGGAUUUGCUGCUGUCUAUUGAACUGUCUGCCCAACGGCUUUUGAAGGACGAUGUGCAAGUGGACUGGACUAAUGCUGCUAUUAGAGAGGACUUUGACAAACGCUCAGUGAGCUACACUGGAGAGGAGGUGUGCAAAGCGGAACCCCUGUCGUUGAGGCGAGUGAUACCUGGGCUGCCCCCUGAGGGUCAUGGGGGUUCCAUUCAGGCCACAGACUGGGUGGAUGGUAGGACGCGAACGCUGUUAGAGCACCCGGAGCUCUGUGUCACCCCUGACGUAGGACAGGAGCUGCCUAGGUUGCAAGGUAAGAUUCAUGUUGAGCCUGAAGACAGGAUGACGUUGUCCUUGGAACUUGUGAGACGAGGUAUUUGUCGUUGGAUCCCUGAGAACAAAGUUGCCAAGUACCGAGGUGAAAAAGUUCUGAACGGCAUGUUUGGGGUCCCUAAGUCAAAGCUGCUCCCAGAGGGGCAAACGAUCUUGAGGUUGAUUAUGAACCUGGUUCCCUUCAAUUCCAUUCUACGUGUGAUCACGGGUAGAGUCUCCGCCUUGCCAAGUAUUACACAGUGGCUGAAUGUGGUGGUGGACGAAGGUGAGACCAUCCGCAUUGCACAAAGUGAUAUGGCUUGUGCCUUCUACCUGUUCGCUAUGCCUGAGUGUUGGUCAUCGUACUUGGCGUUCAACUUGUCGUUCACAGCUGCGGAGUUACCGCUGGUUCAGAGUUCUGACCCAAGAGAACGAUGGUAUUUGGCGUGCCGGGUUCUCCCUAUGGGUUGGUCGUCUGCCGUAGGUGUGAUGCAGUCCAUUGCGGAAGAUGUUCUCUUGAAGGGGGGGUUUGAUCCGGCAGGUCAGGUUACGAAGGUUGCGGCUUUACCCCCUUGGAUUCUGGCCAGCGCGGCUGAAGGGCAGUUGCAAGGAAAACCAUGGUGGCAGGUCUAUUUAGACAACUUUGCGGCUGGAGCUAAGGUGAAAAGUGAUGAGGCUGGAGAGCUGAUCCGUAUGCAACAGGAUGCUGAGGCAAUCUGGCAGGAAACAGGUAUAGUAGUGUCACCUGGCAAGUCGGUGGUUGCGGCAGAAAGUGGAGUGGAACUGGGCGCCUUCGUGGGAGGCAAUGGUCAAUGGCUUGGUGCAAGCGCUGAGAGGCUGGUGAAGGUCUGCAAGAGCACGAUUUGGCUGUUGGGGCAAAAGGGACUAAGCCGUAAGAAGGUUCAAGUAAUUAUGGGAAGGUGGUGUUUCAUCCUGCAAUUUCGGAGACCGGCAAUGGCUCACUUCUCAGAUGUGUGGGAGUGGCUAGGAAGCCAAGGCCCUCAACCUCGGCUAGAGAGAUUUACUCGAGAUGAGCUUUUUCUAGCGUUGCUAGGGUUGCCGUUGUACCAUACGUGGCUGGGAGCAAAGGUUGACAUGGUAACUACCUGCAGUGAUGCUAGUCUCACAGGAGGAGCCGUUGCAGUUGGGCGCUCAUUGACUACAGCUGGUGCAAGUUUCCUCUGCUCCCAAGAACGUGGAAACCUUCCUGAGGGUGUCCCUGUUGUGGUAAUCUCUUUGUUCAACGGAAUUGGAGGCGCUGCUCGUUGCUAUGACAUAGCGGGGGUCAAAGUGAAAGCCAUGGUAGCGUGUGACGUACAUGCUCCUGCGAAUCGAGUGGUUGCCCGGAGGUGGCCUGAGACCGUGUUUCAUGAAGACGUGCGGACGCUGACCAAGGAUGUUCUGUUGGAGCUUCUCAAAGAUGUUGGGGACUUUGAAGCUGUUCAUCUCUGGGCAGGUUUUCCGUGUGUUGAUGUAAGUUCAGUGCGGGCCAACCGGCAAAACCUGAGUGGUCCAUCCAGCAGCCUUAUUCAUGAGGCCAUCCGAGUUUUUGGAGACUGCGCAGAGCUCUUCCCUGAGAAGAAUUUCCAAUUUUUCGUGGAAAAUGUCGCUAGCAUGGAUAACGAGGUGAGGGAUCAGAUCAGUGGCUUGCUUGAAGUGCAACCUUACAGGUUGGAUCCUCGGAAACAGGUCCCAAACUCCAGGCCACGUUUUUGUUGGACUUCGCUGGAUCUCACCGGUUUCCCAGGACUGACUCUCGUUCCCAAGGACGGAUUUGUCGAGGUCCUGGUGGAAGGUGAGUGGCCCCUUCCUAGUCAGUGGAUAGAGCCUGGAUGGGUGCAGAAUGACCCUAUGACAGUUUACCCGACGUUCAUGAAGGCGAUUCGACGAGAGAGACCACCUCCCCGUCCAGCAGGCUUAGAACGAACAGAUGACUUGACUCGCAGUCGAUGGUGCUCACAUGAGUAUAGAUUCCCUCCUUACCAGUACAAAGGGCAAUUUUUGCAGACACAUCCCGACCAGACGUCUGCCAGGCUGCUCAAUGCGAGCGAGCGUGAAAGACUGAUGGGAUACGGUCAUCAGCAUACAAUAGUUUGCAUGGCGGCGUCAAAGGCUAAGAGCAAUAAGACCGCUUUUGAGGACGAACGGUGUUCCUUGGUAGGAGAUUCCUUCUCCAUUUGGUCGUUCUCAUUGUUUGCAGCGGCCGCGGUUUAUCAUUGGACACAAUUCUUUGAUGUGCAGGUUCUGUUUGGUCGUAUGGGUUUGCCCCCAGGCUGUGGGCUCCGGUUGCCUUUGCUUUGCCCCCUGCAGGUAGGAGUUGAAUUCCCUACAUGCAAUGCCCACCAUGUCGUCGAAGAUAUGAAUCGGCAUCUCGCGGCCAGAGCUCGACACACUGGUAGCGAUGUGCGGAUUUCGACAGGACAGGACCUCAGAUUUUCCUUGUGCUUGUGCCUAGGUUUUUGGGGCAUGUUGAGAACAGGCGAACUUUUUGAGCUCCGCUUGCGGCAUUUGCUCCUGAAAGGUAAGACCUUGGUGGUUCGGCUAGGGGACACUAAGACUGGGGUCCGCCGACAGGUUGACGAGAAUGUGAUCGUUCAACAUCCAGGUACAACGCUUCUCGCAAUACCGCGAGGAGCGUGCAUGAGCUUGGAGGAGACCCUCGACGAGGUGACUGUUUCUUUGGGCGGGCUGACCAUUCGAGUUUCGAGGAACAGCCCCUCUCGCGACAGUGCCGAGCCGUCGGACGAAGCCAGCCUCAGCUCCUUCAGUGGCCACCGGAGCUCCUCACGAGACGGAGGAGUCCCUCGAGCAGGUUCCACAGAGGCUUCGCAGGAGUCGCUCAGCGAGUUGGGAGGCGGCAGUGAUCGCCGCUGA